AUGAGCAAUUCAAGCCAGAUGCCCCUCUCCACUGUGGAAACUGGAGAAGAAUACGAGGGAUAUGAUUCUAUGUCCACGUACGCAAAUCGUUCAGAGUAUACGCGAGACUAUACUCCAGAAAUUAUUGUCAUCUCUGUCUGCAUUUUGGGACUUGUGGGGAACGGAAUCAUCAUCUGUCUUCUUGGCUUCUGCAUUAAGAGGAGCUCUUUCACCACCUACAUUCUCAAUUUGGCUGUGGCUGACUUUGGUGUGCUCACAGCUGCACUGGGUACAAAUCUGCUUCCAAUCGUCUUCAAAUAUGAUUGUGAGCAUUUAUUUCGGUUCUUCCAUGAGCUCUUCAAUGUCACAUACACUGCUGGUCAAUUUUUGCUAACAGUCAUCGGCAUUGAAAGGUGCGUGUUGGUCUUCUUCCCAAUCUGGCAUCGAUGCCAUCAGCCACCACACCUGUCCACCAUUGUCUCUACUAUUAUAUGGGUCAUCUCUUUACUGGUCUGUGAACUCCCCUUCAUUCUCCAUUGGAAUUUGGAGUUCGAUUAUUGGGAGCUGUGCUUUUUCAUGAAUGCCCUUCUUUGCCUCCCGCUUCUGAGUAUCUCGACUCUGGCUCUGUUCAUCAAAGUCCACUUUAAAUCACAACGGCACAAGUGGGGAAAGCUUCUAGUGGCCAUCUCACUUGCUCUCCUCUUCUUCCUGAUUUUUGCCUUUCCAUUUAAUGUCCUUUACAUCCUCAACUACUGGUAUUGUUCUGCCUAUCAUCACUUGUAUGUCUGGGGUUUCUUCUGUACCUCCAUAAACAGCAGUGUGAACCCAGUCAUCUAUUUCCUGAUUGGGAGGAAGAAAAGGAGUCGAACUAGGGAGAGUCUGAAGGUGAUACUAGAGAGGGUUUUCAAAGAGGAGGAGAAUGGUGGGCGUCCCCCAGUUCAAAUGUCUGCUCUGAUGUCUCCAUGA